AUGUUCACUGAUCUGCUUGACGACCUUGCCUACUUGUCUCGCCAAUUAUCUGCUCUCAGGCCAAGUCAGUUGUUUAGGCUUGCUUGUUGGCUCGGCACCUUCGGAUUACCCUAUGCUCUACUGGAUCAUCUCUCCAAAGAAGAAGCCAACAACAUUAAAGCCAACGUCGAAACUCUGGUUAUGACUGAGGUUACGUUUAAUGAAGUCAACAAAAUUGAGAAAGAUAAGAAUACAGAUGAAAUAGGCUCUCAACCAGCUGAUGCAAGCAAAUCGACUAUAGGCUGUAUUGACGCAAGCAAAGUUGGUACACCAACAUUACCCAACAUUUUGCCGGAUAAGCCUGUUGAUGUGUAUAAAGCAAUAGCUCGGAGUUCUGAAAGAAGCCGGAGAUCUUGGGAUGAGCUGCUUGGAUUACAUUUAUUGUACAAGCGCAUAGCAGCUGUUGCGGAUAGUUUGACGCAUUCGCACCCACAGGACUUGCGUGAAAUUCUCCAGGUUGGUCAUCUUGUCACCUUAGUUCGCAUAUACAGUCAGCUUCUUAGUAUAAAAACAGGUUAA